UUUUCCAGACUUUCUAGUUUUCUAGAACAGCAAAGACACACAUCCAAUUGACUCACUUUGUUGAGAUCUUCUACAUCUAUAGGGUUACGUUUUCCUCCUCUGUAUUUUAGUUUUGGCUGUUUUCCAGAUAUGGAUCCUUUCAGGAAGAAGUUGGUGAUUGUUGGGGACAGCUCUUGUGGGAUGACCAGUCUGCUCACUUUUUUCAAAAAAGACGUAGAUUACGUGCCUACUGUGAUUCCGAUCUCUGUGGUGGAUUUUGAAGUAGAUGGGAAACAGGUGCCCCUGGCCCUUUGGGACACAUCUGGUCAGCAAGACUAUCCCCAACUGAGGCCUCUUUCCUAUCAAGACACUGAUGUAAUCCUCAUGUGUUUCUCUGUGGAUAGCCCGGACAGUUUUGAAAAUAUUUUAGAAACGUGGAGUCCUGAAGUAAAACACUUCUGUCCUAAUGUUCCAAUAAUCCUGGUGGGGCUCAACAAGGACCUUCGCAAUGAUGACCAAACCAGAAAAAAGCUUGCUAAAAUGAAACAGGAACCAGUUAAAUUUGAAGAGGGGAAAGAGAUGGCUCAACGCAUUGGCGCCUACAGCUACCAGGAAUGUUCUAGCAAAACCGAAGAUGGCGUAAGAGAAGUCUUUGAAGUGGCAUUCAGGGCAGCAUCGGCAGGCAGCAGUUCCAGGAGGAGGUUCUUGUGCGUGCUUUUAUAGAUUAGUGAAAACCCUAACCCAUGUGUGAAAGAGUGAACAGCUCCCAUACUGAACGUUGACAGUCGG